AUGGAGAUCAAAAACUGGCUCGAGGGAAGAAUCCAAGACAUGAAACAACUCAUAGUCGAAAAGGACAUCGAGUUAAUCGAGAGGCUAGAAAACGAGUCGCAGCUAAGACAAGCACUCGAAUUGAAAGAUCGAGAGCUAUUUUGCCUGCAUGAGAAAAACGAGGAGAAUAAUAGUAUUCAAGAUUUGCCGAUAAAGAACGACGAAUCUUUAUCAACUAGUACUACACAAGGGGAGGAAGACAUCUUCAAUUUGAAAAAUUCGGUCGAUCAGCAGUUUUUGAACAUCAAGCAGAAACUCGAAGACGAGAAGAAUAUCUUGACCACAGAAAGAAGGACAAGAAAAUCCCGUGUUUCGAGCCCUAAUCUCAGCUUCGAUUUCUUGGACAAGGAAAUAUUUGGAAGCCCCGUUUUUGCAAAGGAUGAUUCGAACGUAAAGCCGCUGAUUAAUCAAAAUGUAUUGAUUAAGCGGAUGAGUUCGGAUAUCAAUAUAUUAAAAGAAACGUUGGAUUUUGCUUUUGGGAGGAUGCAUAGUGCUGAGGUUCUUCCGUUGGAGAAACAAUGGAGGUGGACUUUGGAGAGAGAUAUAGAGUCGAUUUUGGUGAAGGGUUUUAUAAGCAAUCUUCGAGAAAAUUUCGAUGCGGAAAAUAUUACGAAAAGGGACCGUAAUCUUGCAAACCAAACGGAUGAUAGAGAUGGAUUACGGGUCGAGAUUGAAAAACUAGAAGAAGAGAGGGAUGCGUUGCGUUUUCAGAUUUUUUCGAUGGAAGAAAUUUACGAGCUUCUUUUUCGGUGCAAGAUUAAAGAUAUUACUACUGAAUUGUGUUGUGAAGGCUCGAAUUCGAGUUCGAGUUUCGUACAUUACUUGGAGAGCACGAUUAAGGAGGAUAUCUAUGCGGGGUUUUUACGGGAAAUGGCUGAAGCGUGGCGGUUGGAAAAGGACGGUUUUGCCCUCGAGGCUCUCAUGAGGGAAGAUAUCUACCAGUUCGUCAUAAUCGAGGCUGUUAAACAGCUGUCACGGAACCAUUUCGAAGAAUCAAAAGCACUGAAACAGCUCGAUUUUCAAGAACACUGCACGCCACGCUCGAGGAUGAAAUCGAACGCCGAGAAUCAAGAAGGUACUACGCCUCGCUCGAGGACAAAAUUGGAAACUGAAAAGCUCGAUUCUUUAUUGAAAUGUUUAGAAGUUGAGGAGGAUUUAAUGCUGAGUGCGAGUUCGGAAAUAAAAGAGCACGGCGAAUAUAAUAGUUUAGUGAUAUUGGACUGCGAAGAAAUUGAAGAGCGUAAUGCAAUAGAAUGGCUGUUGACCGAUGACAAAAGUACGUUUAGAUCGGUGAACGAAAAACUGGAAAGGGCUCUUCAGCAAUUGUACACGAGUAAAGAAUUGUUGGUGGAGUUGGAAGAAAGUCUCGAAGAAUCCGAGGACUUGGGUGAAAAUUAUCAACAAUGCGACGGUUUUCGAGUCUUGGUUUGUUGCCAUUUCAGGGUCGAAGUAUUGAAGAGUGGAGUUGAUGCACUAAAGAAACCUGUGGUUUUGAUGAAAACGAGAAAGACGAUUUACGAGAAGGCUUUCGUUUCGAGAUGUCACAACUUGAAAAUAGCUGAAACUGAGGUCGAUUUACUCGGUGAUCAAGUGGAAUCACUUCUCUGCCUUCUUGAGAGGAUAUAUGUUCAACUGAAUCAAAAUGCAACAGUUUUAUCAGCCUACUUUGAGGUUUAUGAUAUAUUGAAGUUGAUCAGAAGAGAGUUAAACAAUGGAAGGCCUUGUAAAUCAGUCUUGAUUGAUAAAUAAAAACACAUAAG